GAAGGCCCAAAAUAUCAAAAUUUUUCUGUGAGCUGCCCGUAGGCAGUGGGGCCUUCUGCCCGGGCCCACGCGGUCAGCAUGGAGGGAAGGGCACCCAGAGAAAAAAAAACUCAGCUUUUUAUACUCCAUGAUCACGCAACUCUGCUGUUGGUGCUGGCCGGGGCUUAGUUCCCCUUUCUCUCUCUUCUUCCAGCCCCUUUCUGUCUUUCUCUCUCGCUCGUACAUUUUUUGACAUCUUUCUUCUUCUCUUGCCCAAUUUGGCGAUGCCCAUGAAGGGCAAAUAGAGUGGGGUUGUUGUUCCUUACUGAGUGAGGGGUGUCGAGAGAGAGAGAAUGGGCCAGGGGAUGAGUUGCACGGUGAGUGGGGGGAGCCAUAGUUGGUUCAAUGCAGUUCGGGAAGGGGAUGUGGAGACGGUCGUGUCCCUUCUGGACAGGGAGCCGCUGCUGCUUCUUCAGGCCACCACCACCUACGACAAGCUCUCCGCCUUACACCUUGCCGCCGCCAAUGGUCAGCUGGAGGUUCUUAGUUUGUUACUGGAUCGAUCGGUUCAUCCGGAUGUAUUGAAUCGUCAUAAACAGACUCCCCUGAUGCUGGCUGCAAUGCAUGGGAAGAUCUCCUGCGUUCAGAAGCUGCUAGAAGCGGGCGCAAAUAUCUUGAAGUUCGACUCCUCACAUGGCAGAACAUGCUUGCACCAUGCUGCAUAUUAUGGCCAUUCAGACUGCCUACAGGCCAUUCUUUCUGCUGCCCAUUCCACACCCAUCGCUGAUUCUUGGGGAUUUGCAAGGUUUGUUAAUGUGAGAGAUGGAACUGGAGCCACACCGUUGCACUUGGCUUCUCGGGCUGGAAGGCCUGAUUGUGUGCAUGUUCUCUUGGACAAUGGAGGGCUUGUUUGUGCAUCCACUGGCGGCCAUGGAAUUUUGGUCAGUGUUCCAGGUAGUACUCCCUUGCAUUUGGCAGCGCGGGGAGGGUGUCUGGACUGUGUUCGUGAGCUGCUUGCUUGGGGAGCAGACCGGCGUCAGCGAGAUUCUUCAGGGAGGAUGCCAUAUGCUGUAGCACUGAAGUAUAGACAUGAAGCAUGUGCAGCAUUGCUGAAUCCCAACUCUGCUGAGCCACUUUAUUGGCCAUCACCCUUGAAGUUCAUCAGUGAACUUGAUCCAGGUGCCAAAGUCCUUUUGGAGAGAGCUCUCACGGAGGCUAACAGAGCAAGGGAGAGGGACAUCCUAAAGGGGGCUGCUGAUUCAUCACUGUCUUCUUGCCAAUCAGACAUCUCUGCGGAGGAUAAUAUUUCGGAGGUUAGCGAUUCUGAGCUCUGUUGCAUCUGCUUCGAUCAGGUCUGCACUAUUGAGGUUCAAGACUGCGGACAUCAGAUGUGUGCCCACUGCACGUUAGCCCUCUGUUGUCACAGUAAACCAAACCCUGUUACAUCCUGCUCGGCCGCACCCACCUGCCCCUUUUGCCGCAGCACCAUUGUGCAGCUUGUAGUUGCCAAGCCCAAAAUCGAUGAUGGGGAAAACGAUGGCACGUCCAAAAGUCAAAGGUCUAGACAAUUGAGGAGUUUAAGCGAAGGAAGCAGCAGCUUCAAAGGCAUAUCUGCAGUGGGUUCAUUUGGAAAAACUGGCACUCUCACUUCUGGUAGGAUUGCAGAUGGCAGUGAGUUGGCGGAUAAGCCUUGAUGGAAGACGCACCAUUUCCACUUAUUUUUGCAUGAAAAGAGGCCCUGCUGUUUGCUGACCUGCGGAGUUCUCCGUCCCCCAGAGUUCAGUUUUUUGUGCUGGAUGCAAAUGCUGGAGGAUCUGCUAAAUAAGCCAAGUUGGUGGCAGAGUUUAGUUCUUCGUGAGCCUUCGUAAGUUCGGCCUAUGAAGAAGGAAAUACAUGAAGCUAGCAGGUAUUUUUUUUGUCCGCUAAUCUGAAACUUCCGUUUCAAAAUCUCCUCAGUUGCCUAAAUCCGAAAAGCAUUGUCCAGCGGCAGUAUUGUUGUAUUCUGUGCAUAUCCGCUUGUCCACGCGCAUGCACCUGCAAGCGUGCGUGGGCGUGCUCGUGUAUUUCUCAUGCCUGCGCUCUGCAAAUAGUAUAUAUGCUUGUAUAUCCGUAUGUUGAGCAAUGAGCAAAAGCCAUUAAAGAA